AAAAAUGUAAUUCCUAGUUCUUAAUCUCCUUACGAAAGAAUGUUGUUUUUCCGGAAUUGCACGAAAUCCUCCGGUUAACAACCCUAGUCCAGCCGUGAUUUAUAUAAAAGAAAUAGUUGAAUUUCCAGAGUUUUUCAAGCUCACUAGAGAUACAACAUGGUCAAGAAAUGAAAUGUCAAAAAGCUUCGAAUAGCUAUUUCUACCCAAGGAAAUUUAAUUAUGUGUAGAAAGUACAUUUUAGUAAUGCCAGGUGUUUCUGCUCAUAAAAACCAUGUGAUAGGAGAGACAACGGGUCUUAGUCAACCCUUUUCUGAUACUCUCAUUAUUAAAAUUGGAGAGUUAGUAAAAAAGGGUGUCAACACUGUUCCAGAAAUGAAAAGACAUCUUGAUUAUUUUGUUGAAGCUGAAUUUGGUUUAAGUAACAUUCCUCAUAAAGAAAACAAGCGUUACUUUCCACUGGAUAAAACAAUUCGGAAUCAUAUGAUGAAUGCAAGGAGAAAACUUCGCAGCUCUUUAAUAGAUCAAGAAUGUUUGCUUGAUAAAGUUAAUGAAUGGAGA